AUGGCUGAGUUUGGAGAUUUUAUAACUGCUCUGGGGGAGUUUGGGCUCUAUCAGAAAUUGCUAACACUGUUGCUGUCCCUUCCGCUACUUCUCAAUUCUUUCCAAAUGAUUGGCCAAGUGUUCAUGGUUGUGGAUGUGCCCCAUCACUGCAACACCAGCUGGAUCCUUGCCAUCGCCCCCAACCUGACGGAGGAAGAGCAGCUGAACCUCACUCUGCCCCGGGAUGCGGAUGGGGCAUACGAGCAGUGCUCCAUGUACUCGCCAGUGGACUGGGACCUCGACUCCAUCGUGACGUACGGCCUGAACGCCACGGAGAAAUGCCGCAGUGGCUGGGUGUACUCUGCAGAUCAGCCACCGUCCCUGCUGACCGAGUUUGACCUGGUGUGCGACAGGAAGGACCUGACCGACAUCUCCCAGUCUAUCUAUAUGGCAGGGCUUCUCAUAGGAUCCAUGAUCUUUGGGACACUAUGUGACAGGAUCGGCCGCCGGCCAGUGUUUCUGAUCGCCAUCCUGCUCCAGGGUUUGUUCGGUCUAGGAGUUGCCUUUGUGCCCCAUUUCUACGUGUAUAUUGCCUUCAGGUUUGUCGUGGGAACAGCGGUGUCAGCAAUCCUGAUUACUUCCUUGGCCUUGGCUACAGAAUGGGUUGGUGCCUCCUACCGACCAAGGGCAGUGCUGAUUACUCAUUGCUGCCUCGCCCUCGGACAGGUAAUUUUGGCUGGCUUGAGUUACGGCAUUCGCAAUUGGAGGCUGCUGGAGAUUGCAGGAUCGGCUCCAAUGUUUGCUCUUUUCUUCUACUUCUGGGUGCUACCAGAAUCAGCUCGGUGGCUGGUGAUAAAAGGCAGAGUAGAAGAAGCUAAGAAGGUCCUGCAGAAGGCAGCAUCCGUCAACAAGCGCACUCUCCCACCAGGAAUGCUUGAGCAGCUACGUUGCACAGAGACAAGGUCAGGGAAGAGGCGCAGCUGCUGCUGA